UCCAAGAAACCACUCAAAUUAAGGGAACAGUAUGAAUGUUCCUCGACUGAAAUAUUCAGCUAUAUUUACUAUGACAGCUGAAAUUCUCAUCUGGUUGUCAGGAAGAUUGGACCUCUGUGGCCCAGUGGUUUCACAUGUUUUCAAUCUUAGGGAUCCCAGGGAAAACACCAUUCCUCUCCAGAGUAAUUUUGGUUUUUCCAAGCUUCUUCUUGCCUUGUUGCUGAUACUUUUCCUGCUGAAGGAAAUCUUAUUGUCUGUCUCUUUUAUCACUUUCUUUCUAAAAAAUUCUCAGCUGCUCAAAGAAAAAAACUAUGAAAGUUCUACAAAAGAAAUGAUUCAUACAAAUUUGGAGUGUGUAAAAAUCAAUUCAACCAUGAAAGGAAAAGUCUGGAGCUGUUGACCAAAGAAUUGGAAGUCAUUUAGUUCCAGUUGCUACUUUAUUUCUUCUAAACAAAGAUCUUGGAAGGAGAGUCAGGAGAACUGCUCUACAAUGGAGGCUCAUCUGGUGGUGAUCAACAGCAAG